AUGAAUCUCGUCAAAAUUCAAGUUUUUUGCCUCUGUUCUCUCACGGUGUUUGUCAGCUCGGCAACUGUCAAUCCCCUCAAAGGAACUGGCCACCCAAACGUUUCCAUCGUCGGUGGAAUCCCAGCGCGUGCCGGCGAAUUUCCUUUUAUGACCCGUUUAAAUGUAGAAACUUGGGCAGGAGAGCCCAGUCUAUGCGGUGGAACCUUAAUCGGACCUUACCAUGUCUUGACAGCAGCCCACUGCUACGCUCCCAAUGGAACGACAUUGUACUUGAACACAUUGUCGAGCAAUGGCGGUGGACCUGGAUCUCUCACCCGAUCUGUGAAAAAAUUCAUCAAAUAUGAAAAAUAUUCCAUAAAAAACAAAACAUAUGAUAUCGCCAUUCUUCUCUUAAACGCACCAGUUACGACUAUCCCUUUGGUUAAACUACCAUCAAAGUCAAAUAUUCAUCUCUCUUACGCCAACAUGUCGGCCGUCAUUGCAGGAUGGGGACUCACAGCAUAUAAUAGUGAUACCAUUUCGCCGAUACUUCUUAAAACUACCGUCAAAAUUUAUGGUAAUCAAAAUUGUUCCACUUAUUACAAAUCCGGAAAGACCGUGUUCGUCGGAUCUAUGAUGCUGUGUGCCCUCGGCAUUAAAAAAGACACCUGCCAAGGUGACAGUGGCGGACCGAUUCUCGUUAACGGAUUUCAAGUUGGAAUCACUUCCUUCGGAAGCAAAUGCGGAAAUACAACCCCUGGUGUAUACACACGCAUAACCGCCUAUCUUGACUGGAUUGCUGCUACUAUGAAAAGCAACCCAAAGUAA